UAAAGAAAAAAAAGAUUUUUUUGAUUUCAUUGCGGAAAAUUCUUAUUGUCUAAUGGGAUUUUAAUAGCAAUGAACUAUUUUUUUUUUUGUACAAAGUCUAUCAACUUCUAUGGAUAAAUUUCAAAUAUUUGAAAAAAUUUUCUCAGUAAAAUAUGGCGAAUUUUUCUUUAAUAGAAAAAUUUUGCAAUAGAAAAAAGAAGCGCCUAAAAUGUUAAAUAAGGACUAUUUAUAGUUUCGAAUGACAAUUUUUUGUUUUAUUACAUAAUAAAAUAUAAAAAAUUAUCUUUGAAGAUAAUAGGUGAACUGUUUUACCUAAAAAUUCAGUCAUUUUCAGCCUAUUCGUACUAAGUGACAUGAAAAAAAGGUUGUAACAUUAUAUUUAUUUCAACAUAAACUGAUAAAUAACAUGAACUUUAUACUAAAAGUUUUUUUUAUGACUAAUAGUCAGUCAAAAAGUAUUUAAGGGUCCGUUUUAAAUAACUUCUUAUUGAUAAAAGAUAGAAAUUUACAACGAAGCGAUUUCAAAUCGGAAUCAAAAUCAAGGCUUUUAUAUAAUAAAAAUAAAAUCAAGGCUAAAAAUUCCGACAUAAUCCUGCAAAUAAAAGAUCUGAUUUCAAUAUAAUAAUAGCUGUCCUUGCUAGUGUCUAACCAUAUAAAAUUCCUCGAAAUGACUCAUUUUUAAAAAAAUAAUUCAUGAUAAGUGUAAAAUAAUAAGAUAACUACGAAAAAAAUCAAGUUAACAAUAAAUUCAAUUUUUAUGUCAUUCAAGAUGCGUGAAUCGUUUUCUUUUUAUCCAUUGGGCAUUUCUACAGUGAAAUGGCUUCUCCCAAACUUAAUUAAAUCAGUGUCAUAAGCAACAUCUACAUAAACUACUCCUGUGGUUGAUUCCAUAUCGACUGUAUUGGAUUAAUGCUAAGGGGUAAAGAAUUAAAGAAUGUUUACUUAUUAAAUAAUAGACUGUUAAAUAAAUUAUCUCAUUCCAUUUCUUUGAAAUAAACAUAAGUACAAAUAAUUGCAUCCACAAAAUGAUAAUUCUUACAAUAACAUUACGUAUUUAAGAUAGUCUUUCGAAGUUUUUUUUAAAACUUUUUAUUUGCUAAAUAAUCAUCAUAAAAAAAUAUUUUCAUUCAGGCAUGUUAUGCUCGUAUUCUUGAUUAUAAACGGAAAUUUGUCGAAGCUGCACAACGUUACAAUGAAUUAUCACUUAAAUCAAUUGUUAGCGGUGAAGAACGUAUGAAAGCUUUAGAUAAUGCAUUAAUUUGUGCUAUAUUGGCACCGGCUGGUCCACAUCGAUCGAGAAUGUUAGGUACAUUAUUUAAAGAUGAACGAUCUCAACGAUCACCUGCCUAUUCAAUGUUAAACAAAAUGUAUUUAGAUCGAAUUAUAAGUCCGCAUGAUGCAAAACAAUUUGAAAGUCUUCUAACUGAACAUCAAAAAGCGACAACACCUGAUGGUUAUACAAUUCUUCAACGAGCAGUUAUCGAACAUAAUCUUGUUGCAGUAAGCAAAAUAUACACAAAUAUAACAUUUGCUGAAUUAGGUGGUCUUCUUGGAAUUCCGAGUGAAAAAUCAGAAAAAAUAGCAUCACAAAUGAUAUCUGAAGGACGUCUAAGUGGUUUCGUUGAUCAAAUUGAAUCUGUUCUUCAUUUUCAAGCUAGUGAACAACUUGCUCAAUGGGAUCGUCGUAUUGAAUCAUUUUGUGUGCAAGUUAAUCAAGUACUCGAUAAAAUUCAAGCUGUUCAUCCCGAUUGGUGCCAAAAAACGAUGGCAUUAGUUGAAGCAAAAAUCAAUGCAGCAACAAAUGAUGAGGAUGAUACGGGUAUUGUUGAAACAAGUACAACAACUGUUAAACCAAUGGAUGUUUCUUAA